AUGCAGGUGAUAACAUGCGUGUUGUUUACGCUCGUCACUCUCCAUGUGAGCACCGCGGCGGAGGCUGACUCCUGUCCUGCUGUCUGCGAGUGCACUGAGUGGAAAAUGCACACAAUCUCCUGCCGUGACAUUGAUAUUCUCCCCAGGUUUCCAGCAGGCACGGAGACACUAUGGCUUUUUGAGACCCGCCUGACAUCAGUGCCAGCAGACGCCUUUGCCUACCUGGUCAACAUCUCAUGGAUAUAUAUAUCGGUGGACGUGACGCUGCAGAGGUUGGAGAGGCACUCGUUUCACAGCCUGAAGAAAAUCACCCACAUACAAAUACGUAAUGCACAAAUUCUGACCUACAUUGACCCAGAAGCCUUUAAACAUCUCCCAAAUCUCAAAUACCUGGGAAUUUUCAAUACCGGCCUUACCUUCCUCCCUGACUUGAGCAACAUCCACUCUAAUGACAUGAACUUCAUGCUGGAAAUUGCCGAUCAUCCCUACAUCACUGAGAUCCCGGCCAACUCAUUCCGUGGCAUCACCAGCGACGUGCUGACAGUGGUGCUGUAUGGAAACGGCUUGAGAGAAAUCCAUAAUCAUGCCUUCAAUGGGACUAAACUGGAUCAAGUGGACCUUCGCAGGAAUAAGUAUCUUACCAAGAUCGAUGAAAGGGCUUUUGGGGGUACCAUCAGCGGCCCCUUGCUUCUAGACGUGUCCCUAACUGGGAUCACCUCCCUGCCAGCCAUAGGUAUGGAUUCUCUCCGGAAGCUGACGGCGCGCGAUGCCUGGGCCCUCAAGAAACUGCCACCCAUCGAAACCUUCAAGCACCUCACCGUCGCCAAUCUCACCUACCCCAGCCACUGCUGCGGCUUCAAAAACUUCAAAAAGAAACGAGGCUUUUACGAGUACAUUCUCUGUAACUUCACUGCUUUCUACGACCAACAUCACAAGCGCUCUGUGGGGCCCCUCGGCAUGCCUUCCCUCCAAGGGGAUGAUGUUGUGGAAACAAUCCCAGACCAGGAGCCAAGUGACGGAAGCCACAGAGACUCCCAGCAGGACUGGAGGAGAGGUGACUUCCAUGGAAGCCUCCACUACCACGCCUACUUUGGGGGUCAGCCAGAUGAUGAUGUGGGUUUUGGAGAGACCCUCAAGAACCCCCAGGAGGACACCAGCCAAGACUUCGAAGGUCCUUACGAUUAUGUGAUGUGUGAGGAGGGAGUGGAGGUGAAAUGUGUACCAGAGCCCGAUGAGUUCAAUCCUUGUGAGGACAUAAUGGGUUUUGGCUUCCUGCGAGUGUCCGUGUGGUUUGUGAGUCUGCUGGCUGUUCUGGGAAAUGUGGUGGUGCUCUUGGUUCUGCUCACCAGUCACUACAAGCUCUCGGUCUCUCGCUUCCUCAUGUGUCACUUGGCCUUUGCAGAUCUGUGUAUGGGGAUUUAUUUGCUUCUUAUUGCCUCUGUAGACCUCCACACGCAAGCAGAGUACUUUAACCACGCCAUAGACUGGCAGACGGGCCCUGGUUGUGGACUUGCAGGGUUUUUUACGGUCUUCGCCAGCGAGUUGUCUGUCUACACCUUGACGGUGAUCACUCUGGAGAGGUGGUACGCUAUCACCUUUGCUAUGCGUUUGGAUCGUAAGCUGCGUCUGCACCACGCCGCAGCCGUGAUGCUAGGCGGCUGGAUCUUCUGCCUCCUUCUGGCCCUGCUCCCAUUGGUCGGGGUGAGCAGUUACCAGAAGGUCAGUAUUUGUCUCCCAAUGGACACUCAGUCCACAGUGUCUCAGAUCUUCAUCUUGUCAGUGCUGGUCCUCAACAUCCUCGCCUUCCUUGUCAUUUGCGCAUGCUAUUUUAAGAUCUACUGCGCAGUCCAUAACCCUCACUACCGGUCUGGAUCCAAGGAUACCAACAUUGCCAAGCGCAUGGCUGUCCUCAUCUUUACUGACUUCUUAUGUAUGGCUCCUAUCUCUUUUUACGCCAUGUCAGCCGUUCUGGAUCGACCGCUUAUCACAGUCUCCAACUCUAAGAUUUUAUUGGUGCUCUUCUACCCGCUCAAUUCCUGUGCAAACCCAUUCCUUUAUGCCAUCUUCACUAAGGCCUUCAGAGGGGACGUAUUCAUCCUCCUCAGUAAGGUGGGUCUUUGUCAGCAAAGGGCACAGCUUUUCAGAGGCCAGACGGUGUCGUCAAAGGGCAGCAGCGGGACGUCUCAGGUCCGUAGGGAGAAGGAUAAGGUUAGGAAAGGUGGAAGCGGAGGCCAGGAAGAGGCGCCCAUCCACCUGAAGAAGAGCUCCGGACAUACCUGCCAGCAGACGAGCCCUGAAGAGAGCCAGAGCCUGAAGACGUGA